GGCAAGCGAGAUAGUCUCUCACGCGCAAUGUGGCCCGGGUGGCGAAAGAGGGGCAAGGGUGGUGAGGAGGAAGAGAAGGGGGGAGGGGGAGUGCUACGCGGUGUGCGCGCCGUGUGUGUCUUUCUCUCUCUCUCUCUCCCGCUCCCUCCCCCCGAGCCUCAUUCGCCCGCCCGCCGCAACGAAAACUUAAAAAUGCCGCCGCAGCGCAACCCGAAUCGAUAUUCGCCGGUGCGGUCACGUGAUGCGGCCGCGGACCAAUGAGCGGGGCUCGCUCCGCCUGUGCCCGACGAAAUCACGGUACGACAUCUACGUUCGGGCGGACGGAACAACAGUCCGCGGCUGGCAGCGCACCGGUUCACAGUUUGGCGAUGUGCCGCUCUGCGGUUGUCUCGCGUAUGAGUGACCCGGACGCAUCGGCAGGCAUCGGCGGCUACGUCGACGGGCGACGUUCAACGACAACGGCCAGAGUAUCGCGACGCGGUCGGCGUACGGGUGGCGCGGAGCGCGCUGUCGCUUAACGCUCUCCGACAAUUUUUUUUUUCAACACACGUACACGUCGUACGUGAGUUUCGCGAGUCUGUCUGUCUGUGUGUGGUGCCCUAUCGUCCGCCGGAAGAAGCGCGCGUAAGCGACCCCGUAUAUACACCCGUCGUCGUAGUGGUCGUCGUCUCGCGUGCAAAAAGAGUCAGCCAGUCGUCGCGGCCACGGGACAGAGCGAGAGGGUAGAGGAAGUGACUGCGGUGCGCGCGACGAAGAUGGAGUGCGCGGGUGAGUGCAAAGAGGCGUGGUGGGGCAGGCGGGUGUGAGAAGAAGGAGAGGGAUAGAGAGCGCGCGCGCGCGCGACAGAGCGAGAUAGAUACGCGGUCGGUGGGAAAGAGACACUCUCAGCGCGACGCGAGUAGGACCGAGAGACGGCGAGGACGAAGAAGAAGGAACGGAGAAGAGUCGUUCCAGACGGAGGCUAACGCGAUAUAUAGGUAGUGCGUUUUUACAUAUGCCCGCGCGCGCGAGAGAGAGAGAGAGAGGGAGGGAAUGGUACUUUGGUGAAAAGUAACUCUCUCGACGCUGUCGACGAUAAUCAAAGUCGCGUGUGUGUCGUAUCUUUCCGACGAUCUCGCGAGAUAAAUCCCCCUUUCCCCGACCCCCCGAUCGCGUCGUAGAUCGCGCGCUCCGCGUUGCCGAUCCGUGUCGACGCGGUGAUAUCGCGGCGACUGCCGCGACGAUCGAUAACCGCGAUCGAUAACGGGCGAGAGAGAGAGAGAAAGAGAUUCUCGCGCGCGCAUGUGGGUGCGUGACAUUCGUCGUAUCGGAAUAAAUACGUGUGUCGUGGAAAUUGCUCGUAGAGUUGGCGCAAGGUGAGGAAGAAACGCUCUUUCCGCGACGAGAGAUCGGCGCCAUAAUAUAACCUAACCGAGACGAUCGGCGAGAGCGAGAGGAGAGGAGAAGAGAAGAGAAGAGAAGAAAAGAGAAGGAGGAAGAGGUACAGGGACGAGAGACCAAGUAAGAUUUUCCAAGAUAGAGGAGAAUAAUCACCGCGACGGGCAAGGGCACGACGAGCGCUCGACGAUCGCUCGCUCGUCGUCGAUCGUCGCGGCCGAGUCGCCGCGGAUAAGACUUCGGCGGGCGCCAGCAGCGGCAGCGGCGACGGGGUCGCAGGACGGUCAACACGACGACGAGGACGACGAGGACGACGACGGUGGCGGCGGUGGCAGGUGCGGAGACGGCGGUGACGGUGGCGGCGACGACGAGGACGAGGACGACGAGGACGACGAGGACGACGACGGCGACGGCGACGACGACGACGACGACGACGACGACGGCGACAUGGAGGAGAGUCAGCUGUUGAUGACGGAACUUCCGGUGCCGCUGACGCCGAGCGGCGGCACGACGCUGCUGCAUCGCCCGGGCCACUUCUAUCACCUGCAUCAGCCGCACCUGGCGAUACCGACGCCGCAGAACCAGGCGAUCCUCCAGCACAACUCGAGCGGGGCGGCGCGGCACUACGGCACCGACGGCAACGGCGGCAGCGGCGGCCUACGCGACUUGCCGGCCUACACCAUCGGCCAGGGCGGCGGCAUCUCGUCGCGGCAUCAGCUGCACCCGCAGGUGCACCAGCGCGGCAAGGCGGCGACGCACGGGCAGGCCGCCGCGAGCACCCACGUGUCCUGCCUGUACCCGGAGAUCCUCGCGCUCAUCUUCAGCUACCUGGACGUGUGCGACAAGGGACGCGCCGCGCAGGUGUGCACCGCGUGGCGCGACGCCGCUUAUUAUCGCUCGGUCUGGCGAGGAGUGGAGGCGCGGCUGCACCUGAAGAAGCAAGCGCCGGCCUUGUUCGCCAGCCUGGUGCGACGCGGCGUCAAGAGAGUACAGGUGCUGUCCUCGCGACGCGGAAUCAGCGACGUGCUCAAGGGCGUGCCGAAUCUCGAGGCCCUCAAUCUGUCCGGGUGCUACAACAUCACCGACGCCGGUCUCACCAAUGCCUUCGGCCAGGAGUAUCCGUACCUCACCGAGCUCAAUCUGUCGCUCUGCAAGCAAGUGUCGGACACCUCCAUCAGCAGGAUAGCGCAGUACUUGAAGAAUCUCGAGCACCUCGAGCUGGGCGGGUGCUGCAACAUCACCAAUACCGGCCUGUUGCUGAUCGCGUGGGGUCUUAAGAAGCUCAAACGACUGGACCUGCGAAGCUGCUGGCACGUGUCCGAUCUGGGUAUCGCUCACUUGGCCGGUCUGAAUCGGGAGACCGCGGACGGCAACCUCGCCCUGGAGCAUCUGAGUCUACAGGACUGUCAACGACUGAGCGACGAGGCGCUCAGGCAUAUCUCUCUCGGUCUCACCACCCUCAAGUCCAUCAAUCUGUCCUUUUGCGUGUGCAUCACAGACUCCGGCGUCAAGCACCUCGCUAGGAUGCCGAGUCUGCGCGAGCUCAACCUACGCUCGUGCGACAACAUCUCCGACAUCGGUAUGGCUUAUCUGGCCGAGGGCGGUAGUCGCAUCACCUCCCUCGACGUGUCCUUCUGCGACAAGAUCGGCGAUCAGGCCCUCGUGCACAUCUCCCAGGGACUGUUCAACCUCAAGACCCUGUCGCUGUCGGCCUGCCAGAUUAGCGACGAGGGUAUCUGCAAGAUCGCCAAGACCCUCCACGACCUCGAGACCCUCAACAUCGGCCAGUGCAGUCGGCUCACCGAUCGAGGUCUGUACAUCAUCGCCGAGAGCAUGAAGAACAUCAAGUACAUCGACCUGUACGGCUGCACCAAGAUUACCACCAGUGGCCUGAGUCGAAUCAUGAGCUUGCCGCAGCUCAGCAUCUUGAAUCUUGGCCUGUGGCACAUGGCCACAGUGCGGUGAUGGCUUUUUCCGUGGCAGAGUGCUCGGGACACACACGAGCGCCGUCAACGUCAUCGUCAUCGUUACCAAGGCGACAACGACUCCUCGUGGCGACUCAAGGACAACCUCGUUUUCGCGCGCACGUUUCUGCCGCAGGCGGUAAGUCUCUUGCUGUCACUUGGAACGCUCCAAAGUCGUCCGAGCGUCUUCGACAUGUUCGUCGACGGAUAGCGUUAGCUCGUUUCGAGACGGCUAUUUCUCUUUCUCGCGGGAGGGAAAAGCAAGCCGCGCUCGCUCUCGAGGGACACCGUUUUCCAACGAGAUGGUGCAUGCUACGAAUCCCCUCGACAACUUUCUUUCCCCGAGAAAGCGACAUAUACGUGUCUCGAGCAACAUAUACAUAUUUCCGAUUAUACUUGGUCGUCGCGCGUCGGAGACGAUCGCUAGAUUAAUUAAACGACGAGUCGGACGGGUCUCGACGCCUCGAUUUCGGCGGCAUGCUCGACCCUCGGAAAUUUAGGAGAAAAAAAAAAACGAAUAUCUCGCUUGAGGUUUUUCCGCACGGACGAAAUUGCGAUCAUCGUGUACGAUCAUCGAGACGAUACAGACAUUAUGACACGCAAUUGAUCGAUAUUCGACUUGGGCCAAGUCAAAUGAGGACGAUACGAUUAUAAUGAA